CAAAAGAGUGUUGGACGAUCGGGGAGGAGAGACGCGCCGCUCGGAGUCAGAAGAGCCAGCAAAGUCGCAGAGAGGAAGCACGGUCCGUCUUCAAAGAGGCGAUUCAAAGACAUGAGCCACCAGGUGUGCCACUGCGGGUGGUCCAAAGUGACCACCUACCACGGCCUGAGGACCCACCAGGGGAAAAUGGGAUGCACGCCGAGGGGAAUGGGGAUCCCCGAGAGCCAACAGUUCAGAUUCAACGAUUACCUUCCUAGACUCACCUACCCGGGGCCCCUCAUGAAGGUCGAAGAGCCCCUGAUGAAUAUCUUCACCCCGGCCUUCAAGUCCGAUGAGAGGUUACACAUCCCAGAAAGUCAACCGAACAUCUUUGGGAGUCUUAGGAACGGAGGAUCUUCAAACGGGACCUCUCCGGUCAAGACCGAGAUGGGCGCCUGGCUCGGAGCGGCGGCCCUGGACGUCCCGGUGAGGGAAACAAAAAAAUGGGAGUUUCAGACUCCCCCGCCCUCCGCCACGACGCAACAAGCACCCGCCCGUCCAGCCCCCGCCAGCGUCUGCAGAGCGCUUGAUUUCGCCACCGGCGCGCAGCAGGCGGGGCAACUGUUCCUGGGGCAACUGUUCCCGGGCCCCCCAACGACCACGCCUCAGGAAACAUUUGAACCAAAUGAGAGACAGAAAGAGAAGGAGAGAGAGACUCAACAACUACAAAAGGCGAGGCAGGACAGGACGAGGGCUGCGUUACAGCACGACAUUCAGGCGACGGAACGGAAGAUGGCGGAAGUCAGAUCCUCGGUGAAGGCCUGCAAGGGCGGCCUGGACGCCGAGUGGCUGGAGAUCAACGACGUGUUCUCAGGCGUGAUGAGAGCCGUCGAGGGCGCCCGGCGAAAAGCCCUCGGACCGCUGGAGGAGAGGAGGAAGAAAGUGAAGAAGGAAGCCGAACUUCUGUUCCAGAGGCUGCAAAAGGAAAUUGACAAACUCGUAAUGACCCUUGACGAGCUGGAGAGGGAUCCUGAUCUGAAGGUUUCCUCUCAAACAGGUGACCUGAAUUCUGUCGCCGUUAACACCUCGUUCUCUUUCGGUUCACUGAGGACCACAACGUCCAACAUGAUGAAAGAAAUUCAGCAGGAACUGGAGAAACUCUCCUCCGUCGAACUCAAGAGGAUUCCCACAUUUGCAGUGGACGUGAAGCUGGAUCCCACCACCGCCCACCGCUGUCUGCUCCUGUCCCCCGACGGGAAGACGGUGCGAGACGCAGGGGACGACCGCCAGACGGUCCCCGACCACCAGGCGGUCCCCGACGGCCCCCGGAGGUUCGACGUGUUCGGCAGCGUGGUAGGGCUCGCCGCGCUGCCCCCCGGGAGGUCCUACUGGGAGGUGGAUGUCGGCGACAAGACCGGCUGGGACCUGGGCGUGGCGAGGGCCGACGCCAGGCGCAAGGGGAAGCUCUCGCUGGACCCGGGGAGCGGCUACUGGGUCGCCGUGCACUUCGAGGGGGAGAAGUACGCGGCCAUGACGGCGCCACCCGUCAGGCUCCCCGUGGCGCAGAGGCCCCGCAGGGUGGGGGUGUUCGUGGACCGCGCCGAGGGCCUCGUGUCCUUCUACGACGCGGCGGCCAAGUCUCACAUCUACUCAUUUGUGGGGUGUGCGUUCGGCGGUGAGGUUUUGCCGUAUUUCAGUCCGCACCUCAGACAGAACGGGAAGAACUCUCGGCCGCUGAGCCUCUCGGCCGUGGUGGCGGAUGCGUGAAGCGCACGUGCCGGGCGCCGCUGGUUGUGAAGCACCUGGGACUCUGAUUGGUGCUCGGGGUCCAAAUGUUAUCUUCUUCUUAAAUGGGACAUUUUUUACUCAUACAUUAAUGGAGACUUGAUUGGUCUUUGUUUUUUAAAUCAUUGAAAAUGUUACAACAGCAGCACUGAAAACAUAAUCUUAUUUGUUUAUCAUUAUUAUAAUGUAUUAAAGUAAAAGCAUGAUUUUACUGCUGAGGUUGGUUGAGGUUGAGAUCAUUUUUUUAUUAUUUACCAUCAAAUUGCAGCUGAUGAUUAUCCAUUACUUUUUAAUUUUCUCAUUAUUCUCUUGUGCUUCCUGAUAUUUCUCUGUUAAGUUCAUCUCUUAAACCAUUUGUCUCAUCAUGUUUCUGUUAUUAAUAUUACAUUCUUCUCCUUUGGUCUUUAAAUAAAUACGUCACUUUGUUGGGAAAAUGUUGAAGCUCCCUUUAUGUGUUAAAACAACAAGUUAAGAUUUAGUCCAAAUGAAUUUCACCCAAUUGUUAUUAUUAAUUAAAUACACAAAACUGUAAGACCAUUAGUUCAGGGUCUAAGUUACAACU